AUGAAUGCAGAGGAUCAAAGACUGCCUCAUGUAUUGAAUGAGCUCAGUAGGCUGAGGGAGAAUAUAGUGGGAGUCUCUGAGACAAGGAGGCCUGUCAGUGGCGAGACCAGUAGCAAUGGUUUUACUUAUUAUAAGUCCGGCAUAAGCAAUGUUUACCAUGUCAAUGGGGUAGUCAUAGGCGUCUCCAGCAGACUGCAGCCGUCAGAUGUAGAGGUUAUUCUGGUUGAUGAAAGUAUAAUGCGACUGAAGCUGAUCUACAAUGUAGGAUUCAUGUCUGUUGUUGCAGUAUAUGCUCCUACCGAGAUGUGUGAAACUAAAGAGAAGGAGAUGUUCUACGUCAAACUCGACUCUGUACUGGACCAGUGUCCCUGUCGUGAUGCACUUAUUGUCUUGGGCGACGUUAAUGCUGUCAAUGGCACUGAAAGAGCUGGCUACGAGUUAUAUGUUGGUCCCCAUUGCUCUGGUAACAGGAACGACAAUAACUGUUUCCUUCUGAAUCUUGCAAGAUCCAGAUGGUUAAGAAUUGCAGGUUCUAGAUAUCAGAGACCAGCUCUGCACCGCUGGACUUGGUAUAACAAUGCCGGAAGGGUAGCGAAGAUCGGCCAUAUCCUUAAACUGAAGGACUUGAAAUGUGCCGAGGAGUAUGCAGUAACAGUCUCUAUUCAGUUUGGAGUACUCGACACUAUUGAGGUAGAGCUAUGGGAUACGUUCAAACGCGAGACUCUUGAGGCUGAAAAUGAAUGCGUAUGGGAGCGCCCAAGAACUAGAGCUCUCCUCAGAAGAGACAUGAAGAGAUAUGUCAGGGGCCUCGCUGAGGAUAUAGAGUGUCAUUUAAAUGCUAAUGACCUCCGACCUGUCUAUCGAACUCUGGACAAACUCCGCUCCAAGUCUACUUUUCAUGGGAGCGCUAUCCAAACAGCAGAUGACUGCUUCGUAUCGGACACAGAGGGGCAGAUGGGUCGUUGGGCUAAGUACUUUCAGCAGCUGUUCACGGUGGAUCCUCCAAGCUGA